UCUGGUUUGAACCUACCGGCAUCAUCUGCAAGGGGCAUUUCAGGAGAAAAACUCAGGUGAGAGCCAGAAAUGAGAUAAGAGGGACGAAGCCUCGAGCGGUGCGCUUGUAUACAGAGUACGAACAAAUCAAAAAUGGAGGUCCCAAAGCCAGACGGCCCUGAUGUUAACAGAGGAAACGGCAUCCUUAUUGGAUGUUGGGUACUCACGGCGUUCGUGUUCUUCGUGUUGACCUUCCGGUAUGCUGUGAAAGCCUGGGUAGCAUGGCUGCUGCCAACGAUCUCAAAACCUGAACGAGUCUGGGGAGUGGAAGACCUUUUCUUCGCACUUGGAUAUGCUUUUGAUAUUGCACACAUGGUGUUGGUGUGGCGAAGCCACGAAUGGGGUUUGGGAAGGCACUUUUUCUACCUGACGCCGAUCGAGAGAAACCGUGCCAUGAAAUGGGAUUUCAUCUCCCAACCUUUCGCUGUUGCUGCCGCCAUGUGGUCUCGAACUGGUGUCAUCCUCUUCCUGUACACAUGUUUCGCACAAAAUCGGAAGAGCCUGCGAAUAGUCGUCAUCGUCUGCUUGGUGGUUCAAUUUGUCGCCAACCUGUUCACCAUACUCCAGAUCUUCCUGCAGUGUGGACCGAACCCAUAUCGUCUUGUCAACAGAGCGGCUUACUUUCACUACAUGUGGGAUCCUCUGCCCACAGAUGGGUCCGCGGUAUGCCAGGCGCCUACCGUGCAAGCCACCGUAGGAUACGUUCAGGGCGCUCUGAAUACUCUCGUCGACUUUACCUUGACAUACCUCGCAGGCUUCGAGCUAUGGCAAUUCAUGUUUCGAGGAAACACCGGCGGUCACCACGUGUCGGUUUUGGGGAGAUUCAAGAAACUCGACAGCCGUAUCCGCAAUCAACGUCUCUGGCAGACUGCCCUCUUGUGUGGACCGCUGCUUCUUUCAGGAGUUGCUUCGAUUGUCAAGACUUAUCUACUCUCCGCCCUUGGCAGCAGGUCCGAUUUCACCUGGAACAUCGUGCCUUUUGUCCUUUGGGUCAAGAUUGAGAAUUAUUGUAUCCCUAUAGCGACGACCGCACCGAUUCUACGUCUCUUCAUUCGAACCUUUGUUGAUCAACGAGGCGCUGACAAAGGGUAUGGGAUCAGUACCAGCGGUGGAAUGCCUUCAAAAAGCGGACAUGGCAUCGAGUUGACGUCUCGUUCCAAGAACCGAUCGCGUGUCAAUCAUGACGGCAAGGAUUUCGUUCACAUGAAGGAUGUCGAUGAGAUCAGCGAGCCUGCUCCAAAUGGAAGUCUGCACGGUUCGGAAAAUGAGUUGGUCGGACACGGAAACGGUAUCAUGGUGAAGCAAGAGUAUGAGGUACGAGUCGAGGAGGGACGAGACAACAAGGCCCUCCCCAUCAUGAAGCCAUACUAGAUGGUGUAUGAAUUGUGUACUAUAUGGUGCGAUAGGUAGAACGUUGUAGACGAAAGGUUUCCGUUGAAAGGUAUGUCGUCGAGCCAUCCAAGUCAUUAGCACUGGUUGGGGUUUGGUGGCAUGUCUCUCAACUCGGGUUUAGCGAUACAUUCACAUACAAAAGCG